AUGACAUCAAAACUAGCCACCAGGUUGUUUGUAGAUAAGGUGAGAAAAACACUAUCCAUGGUAGUCCAAGAGCUCAUGACUAGGGUGACUGAAGAAUUAAAUGUAGAUUUUAGUCUUAUACAAGGCUAUAUGACAAUGAAAAAAGUAAGAGACAUGAUUGAAGGCAGUCAUGAAAAACAGUAUGCAUUGUUAGAGGACUUCUAUGGUGAAUUGAGGAGAGCAAAUCCUGGAUCGACAGUGUUCGUUGAGACUGAUACGGAUGAGGAUGGGAUUAUUCAUAGAGGCCUGGCCUUAAAAGAAAGACUUUGGAAAUGCGCAAAAGCUUCUUAUGUUACCUACUGGAAAGUCGAAAUGGAACAGUUGGGGCAAGAAUCUACAGCUGCGCAUUCUUGGCUUGAUGAGAAAGAUCCCAAAACUUGGUGUAGAGCCCAUUUCAGAUAUGGAUUGGAUUGUGAUAUUUUGGUGAAUAACAUGUGUGAGUUCUUUAAUGCAGUAAUUAAAGGCGAGGUCAUUACCAAUCAUAUCCAUGCUGCAGACCAUUUAUUUGUACCUGCUGAAGAGGAUGGAGAGGAACAGGGAAGCAAUGUCCAAGCACGAAGAAAGUGGCAAUUAAGGGGAAUACCAUGUAGCCAUGCUGUAGCUGCCAUCAACAGUAGACAUGAAGCACCAGAGAAGCAUGUUUCCAACACCUACUUGAAGAUCACGUAUCUACAAAUUUAUGAACCUGUACUUAAUCCAAUCAAUGAUUCUAAUUUGUGGAAGCACAUAGACCUUCCAGUAAUGAAGCCUCCGACUUGCAGAAGACCUACUGGAAAGCCAAAGAAGAUGGGAAAAAAGGCUUCAGAAGAAGAAAGAUGGGACAGCUGUGUCAAUCCAACUAAACCUCGCAUGGUUAGCAAGGUUGGCACCAUGAUGAACUGCAGCCGCUGCAAAAAAUAUGGACAUAACAAAAAAGGAUGUCCAGAUAAAAAUAAGCAAACCAUUGAGGGGACAACUAGAAGUUUAGCAAAGGAGAAUAGUGAUAUUGGAGAUACAGCCAAGUACUAA